GCAACGUGCACGGAGGGAUGACGUGCGUGAAGUACCUGAUGCUCGCCCUCACCGCCAUCUUCUGGCUCUCUGGCUUGUUGGUCCUGGCUGUUGGACUUUGGCUGCGCUUUGACCCUGACACUGUGCAGCUGCUGACUGGAGAGGAAGCCCCCCACACCUUCUUCAUGGGCGCGUACAUGAUGCUGGGGGCCACAGUGCUGAUGAUGCUGGGGGCCCUGCUGGGAAGUGUGGGGGCCGUGAGAGAGUCUCAGAGUCUUCUGACUUCAUUCUUGGUGUGUCUGCUGAUCAUAUUUGCUGCAGAGAUCACAGCAGGCGUGUUUGGAUUCAUCAACAAAGAACAGAUAGUGGAGGAGGUCCAAAAGUACUACAGCACGUCCAUCAGAGACAACACAAGCAACAUUUCAGUCAUCUAUCACACAACUUUGAGUUGCUGUGGAGGAUCUUCAUCAUCAUCAUCAUCAGUCCUUUGUGCGCAUGCUCCUCAGGAGACGAAGGACUGUCUGAGGGCCAUCACAGACUUCUUCAGCCACAAGAUGCUCCUCAUGGUCUACAUGGGCACGGCCGUGGGAGGAGUGAUGAUCCUGGGGAUGAUCUUCAGCAUGGUGCUGUGUUGUGCCAUCAGACACAGCAGGGAGGUCAUCUGAGAGGACCACCUCUGACCCUUGAACUCACAUGACACCCCCCAUCCUCGCAGCCCACUUCUGCCUAAUACCAGUUCUCGGCUUCUGGGACUUUCCUCCCUUCAAACACUUUUAGGACCAAAUGUUCAACCAUGUCCUUAGAACUCACCUUUGGGACUAAAUGUUCAACCAUGUCCUUAGAACUCACAUUUGGGACCAAAUCUUCAACCAUGUGCUGAGAACUCACCUUUGGGACCAAAUCUUCAACCAUGUCUUUAGAACUCACCUUUGGGACUAAAUGUUCAACCAUGUCCUUAGAACUCACCUUUGGGACUAAAUGUUCAACCAUGUCCUUAGAACUCACCUUUGGGACCAUAUCUUCAACCAUGUCCUCAGAACUCACUUUUGGGACUAAAUAUUCAACCAUGUCCUUAGAACUAACCUUUGGGACCAAAUAUUCAACCAUGUCCUUAGAACUCACCUUUGGGACUAAAUGUUCAACCAUGUCCUUAGAACUCAGCUUUGGGACUAAAUGUUCAACCAUGUCCUUAGAACUAACCUUUGGGACCAAAUGUUCAACCAUGUCCUUAGAACUCACCUUUGGGACUAAAUGUUCAACCAUGUCCUUAGAACUCACCUUUGGGACUAAAUGUUCAACCAUGUCCUUAGAACUCACCUUUGGGACUAAAUGUUCAAC